CCGCACAGGCAACAACGCGAUUCGUCGAAUGACAUGCAGUACUUCAUUUUGUGUCCGCGCAGCGGUCGUAAAAUUUUGUCUCUCCAUCGGUCCCUGUACUAUCGGCCAAUGAUGGAACGGGAAACGGGCGGAAGCUGUCUAACAUGCCCGCGGAAGCCUUUGAACUUUUACCAGAUUGCAACGGCCGAGGACAGCAAGCUGAACAUUCUUGGGAUUUUAAGUCAGCACUUUUGGUUCCAGGAGAAUGACCUGCUGGAACGGAGUGACAUCAUCUGCAAGGUGUGCUGGGAGAAGGUCAGCGAGUUUCACGAGUUUUACCUAGAGGUCGAAAAGCUGCACAAUCGGACCGAUCCGGUUCCGCUGCCGGUGUUUGUUAAGGAGGAGGAUGAGUAUGUGGAAUAUCCCGACGAGGAGAGCAAACCUACGUUGGAGGAUAUAAAGGUAGAACCGAUGGUUGAGGUCAUUGAGGAAUUGUCUGAAGCUGGACAGGACAGUGAGUCAGAGUUUGAGUCUUCGAGCAGGGAUGAUCAGUCUGACUAUGAACCAGAACCGGAGGAGGAAAUGCCCCGGCAGAAGCGUAAAUAUACGCGUAGAACGCCCGGUGAGAAGGUCAAGAAGGAACGCAAGGAGCCCUAUCCGUACGCGCCAAAAUCGACGGAGGAGCGUGAAGAAGAGGACAAAUUCAUUCGGCAGCAUGUACGAUACGUUUGUGAGGAAGACAAUUGCAACGUAGAGUUUGAACAUUUCCAUGUCUUUCAACGGCACUGCCUCCAAACGCACAAGAAGGAAGGCUUCAUCACGUGUUGCGGUAUUCGGCACAGAAAGCGUUCGGUUUUGCUUCAACACGUCCAGCACGCGCUCAAUCCGGAUGCCUUCAAGUGCGAAAUCUGCGGCAAGUCGUACAAGAAUCGUUUCGGUUACAACCGGCACAAGAAGGAGAGUCACGCAACGGAAGAAGAACGGGCGUUCAAGUGUCACCGCUGUACAAAGUCGUUUAUCAAGGAGGGAGCACUGAAGCGACAUCUGGCUGAUCACGAAACCCUGGACAACGGAACGGCCAAGUGCGAAACGUGCGGCAAGUGUUUCAGCAACAUCAACAUCCUGAAGAACCACGUCAAGUAUCGACACCUGAAGCAGACGGAGUACAUUUGCGACGUCUGCUCGAAAGGCUUUUAUAUGCGAUCAACCUUCAUGACCCACCGGAAGACGCACGAAGUUCCAGCCGAGCAGCUGCGUAAACAGUGCCCAAUUUGUUCCAAGUGGUGCAAAAACCACGAUUACUGGCGCGUCCACGUCCGACGUCACAAGAACGAGGGCGAGCUGAGUUGCGACGUUUGCGGGCACGUUUCUCCAAACCUGAUGGCACUGAAGGCGCACAAAUCACGGAUGCACACAGGGCCGCGCGUUUUCCCGUGCACCAUGUGCGGAAAGGAGUACGCCCGGGCCAUCACGCUCAAGGAACACGUAGCUGCGGCGCAUACGGGCGAUGUUCUGUACAAGUGUCCGCACUGCGCUAAGACGUUCAAUUCGAGUGCCAACAUGCAUUCGCACAGGAAGAAGAUGCACCCGAAGGAGUGGCUGGAGCAACGGUUGGCAAAGUACGGCAACAGGGACGCUGUGGUCCAGUCAGCUGGUCAACAGUCUGAGCAAAGCAGUAGCGUGGAAUUUCCCGCGGACGGCAUCACUCAGAUGCAUUGAACUUGCAGCUAGCCGAUUGUCGUACGCUCGUACGAGUUGAACAUUAUGUUGUAAAUAAAGACGUUGAUAACCAU